AAGUUUCAUUUCGAUCACCGAGCCGAAAAAGUGGCUUAUCAUUUUGAUUUACCUGGUCUCUUAGUGUUGGAUCAACGCCAACAUAAUGUCGCAGGCUGGAGGGCAAAAGCCUGCUGCAAACCGAAUGACUCUCCAGACCUUCAAAGCCCGGUUGGGUGGAGCCAGCAAGGGCUUUAAGUUGUUGAAGAAGAAGCGUGAUGCGCUCAAAGCCAAGUUCCAGGUAAUUUUUCGGCCUGCUUUUAAGAUUUUGUCGCCAACCUGCUCCCGAAGACUUCACUUGCCAGCCUUGUUGAAAGAAAUCGUUGAUACAAAGCUGAAGGUCGGUGAGGGUCUCAAGGACGGUGCGUUUUCAUUAGCCAAAGCACAUUAUGCUAGCUCGGGCGACGAUAUUGCAUCUACCGUCAUCGAGCGAGCCAAGAGGCCCUCGAUCACAACAAAGUUGUAUCCUGACAACGUGGCCGGCGUGUCCAUUCCUUUGUUCAAGAUGAGUUAUGAUGCAUCCAAGGACUCCAGUGCACAGACCCUUGGCGUAGCGUGCGGUGGCGCUGUGAUCAACGCUGCCAGAGAAACAUACCGAAAGGCAGUAGUGAGCUUGGUGAAGCUUGCUUCCUUGCAGACCGCAUUUCAUACCCUCGAUGAGGAGAUCAAGAUGACCAGUCGAAGAGUGAAUGCGCUCGAAUAUGUGCUCAUUCCUCGAAUUGAAGACAUCAUCCACUACAUCACACAGGAGAUGGACGAGCAAGCAAGAGAGGAGUUCUUCCGAGUCAAAAAGGUAGGACGAGGAUGCGCUUCUUCAAGCUCCCCCUCCCUCAAAACUGAGGUGGUUGAAAAGAAGAAAGUGAAGCUGCAGAAAGAGAAGGACGAAAUGGCUGCAGCCGGCAAGCGAACCGAGGCUGCAAUCGAUGCUCCCAGCAUGUUGGCUACGAAAAAGGAUGAGGAUCUCAUCUUCUGAGGGCAUCGUGCAGCAAAAAGAUGCGCCUUACAUAGCAAAGGUUCAAUCUCAUGUGGAUUGCAGCAAGAGCCAACUAGGGGUAGCAGUGAUUGAUUGCAAGUUCUUGUCAAAUGGAUCAUGUUGGUCGAUACCAGCCUGGCCUCGCC